AGCAAACGUGGUGCUCAUAGAACCCGAACUUCAAAUUCAGUCUUUUAAUCCAUAUCUGCCACAGCAACUACUUAAUCAUCGUUAAUAAUGGCUGACCAAAAGAAUCUGCUGUUGCUCUUCGAUCGUCCUAUCGAACCCAUUUUCGUGCAGAAGGGACAAGCUGCAGUGUUCGAUGUGCCCGACAAUUUCCUCACGGAUCGCUAUCGUCCCAUCAGCAAUGAGGUUCAAAGUCGUUUCGCUGAAAAGGUAGAGCAACGUAUUCCCGUUCGAGCUAUAACUAUUCCGGAUCUGCGUGUACCUAUGUCACUACCCCGAGAUGCACAAUUUUCUCUUUUCAUUCCGGCUCAUCGUCGUAUGGCUGGCCACCUGAUUGACAUUUUCAUGGGUGCGUCCUCCAUUGACGAUCUUCAGAGUGUUGCUGUGUAUGCUCGCGAUCGUUUGAAUCCGUAUUUGUUCAAUUAUGCACUGUCAGUGACGCUUCUACAUCGUAAGGACACCAGAGGGCUGAACAUUCCGCCCCUUGUACAGAACUUCCCCGACAAGUUCGUAGACUCCCGUAUUUUCCGUCAGGUUCGAGAAGAAGUCUUCGUUGUUCCUGAUGGGUCACGUAGGCCAAUUAUUAUUCCAAGCGAUUACACUGCUUCCGACUUAGAUCCCGAACAUCGGCUUUGGUAUUUCCGUGAAGAUAUUGGCGUUAACCUCCACCAUUGGCAUUGGCAUUUGGUGUAUCCCUUUGAAGCCGGCGAUCGUGCCAUUGUGAACAAAGAUCGUCGUGGUGAACUCUUCUACUAUAUGCAUGAACAAAUAUUGGCUCGGUAUAACUUGGAACGCUUCAGCAAUAAUCUGGCUCGAGUUUUGCGUUUCAACAACUUGCGCGAUCCCAUAGAGGAAGCGUAUUUCCCCAAAAUGGACUCAUUGGUGGCUAGUCGCUCUUGGCCACCACGAUUUAAAGAUACAAAAUUGUCAGACCUAAACCGACCAUUGGAUCAAAUUCAAAUGGAUGUAAGUGACUUGGAGCGCUGGAGCGAUCGUAUACUUAAUGCUAUAGCGAAAGGCUUUGUCACUGAUAAAAGUGGCAAUCAGGUACCACUGGACGAAGUUCGUGGUAUUGAUAUUUUGGGCAACCUGAUUGAAUCAUCUAUUCUUUCUCCAAACCGGGCCACGUAUGGUGAUUUACACAAUAUGGGCCACGUGUUCAUUUCAUAUUCUCACGAUCCCGAUCAUCGUCAUUUGGAGUCCUUUGGCGUAAUGGGGGAUUCCACCACUGCCAUGCGAGAUCCCGUUUUCUACAGAUGGCACGCAUACAUCGACAGUAUCUUCCAGGAACACAAAACUCGUCUCACGCCAUACACUCUACCAGAGCUAAACUACCCGGGUGUGUCUGUCACUCGUGUACAAGUACUUUCUAGUGGAAGUCGAUCUAAUGUUCUUAAAACAUAUUGGAAACAAUCAAUUGUUGACCUAUCAGGUGGAUUGGACUUUGUGCGACGUGGCGAUGUGUUUGCUCGCUUCACUCAUCUUCAACAUACUCCAUUCACCUACACAAUCAACAUCAAUAACGAAGGUGAAGCUCAUCGUCACGGUACAGUGCGAAUCUUUUUGGGACCGAAAAGAGAUGAGACCCAUAAGGAAAUGCUUUUCAAAGAUCAACGUUUGCUGAUGGUAGAAUUAGACAACUUUGAUGUCUUUCUAAGGCCUGGCCAAAAUACCAUUCGACGCCGAUGCUCUGAGUCCAGUGUUAUCAUUCCCUUCAAGCAAACCUUCCGCAAUUUAAACAAAUUCCGACCGGGAGAAGGUAUCGCUGAUAAGUUAGAAUUCUGUGGUUGUGGAUGGCCUGAGCAUAUGCUCAUCCCGAAAGGUUUGCCCGAAGGUCUUUGCUGCGAAUUGUUUGUUAUGGUAUCCAGUUAUGAUCACGAUAAGAUCAAGCGGUGGUCUUCGUGCAAAGAUGCGCCAUCUUACUGUGGCCUGCGUGAUAGUCUCUAUCCAGACCGUCGUGCUAUGGGGUAUCCAUUUGACCGCCUCGCUCGCUCUGGUGUUGAAAACCUAGCCCAAUUCCUGACUCCGAAUAUGAAGGUCGUAGAUGUGGAAGUGCGUCACGAAGAGCGCACUGAACAACUCGAUUACGAGAACUAAUUUGCUUUAACGACUGUGGACUAAUGAAACAUAUUUACGUAUGUAUGCUUGUAUGUAUGUCUAUGUGUACAAUAAUUAAUUUCAAAAUAUUCUGUACACUUUCUUGUAUAUGGAUGUGUUAAUCUAUAAAAGAAAUAAAACAAAAU